GCAAAGCUGGUUGCUUCGUCUCGUAAUGCCUGGAAGGCUACCUAAACAUGGUCUUUUGGCACGACGCUCUCUUGCUGCUCUGUGGGAUCACUUCUCUGCAUUUGGCGAAGUGGUGGUUUUUGAAAUCGAUGAUAAGUCCUUCACAGCUUCUGUGGGAGAACAUCCAGCAAUUUUAGAUGUGACGGCUGUGCGGGUGGUGUUUGCAAGUAGGAAGGAUGCAGAGAAUGCCCUUGCUCAAGGAAAGUACUUUCGAGGUCAUGCCUUGCAUCUGGCCUGGGGCACUGCUGUCAGUGCUGGGGCAGCGGCUAGUCCUCCCUUAUCGACUCUUGUGGGAACUGCCACCACGGUGACCUUUGACCGAGGUACCAAUGUUGCAGGAAGCAGAUGCUCAGGACCAAAUCAACUUGCAAUUCAAGAGGGAGCAGUGGCAACAACAACAGCAUUGUCAUCUCGUGGUGAUGAGAGUGUCCAUGCCACAACCCUACAGCCAAUCAAUCAGUGUGCCACCAAACCACAGAAGGCUUUGUCAGAUUCAGAUGGAACAACUCGGGACGCUGCUGACAGACAGCCCACCAGUGUGCUUUGUGGUAGUGAUGUGAGGGAACUACUUGAUGAGUGUCCUGCUGGUGGUGCUGAGGCUGCUCCUCACUCGGUAUUUGGUUCAACUACAAGUAUAAGCAGAGCGGGAGGACAAGUAGGGGAAUCUGUUGAACAGGAAAGUGUGGCACAAGAGGAUGCUGAAGGUCCAACAGUGACAGCGGCAAGUGGGAACAAUCCGUCAGCUUUUGAGAAUGCCCAUCCUAUGUCUCUGGGUUCAGUGCAAAGGGCACGUCCAGGUGCUAGUCAAUGCAUCAGAAUAACCUGUGGGAGCAGUGCUGAAACAUUGAGUGGCAAUCAGGCGCUGUUCAAAACAGGAGUUCAGUGUGGGUUGGUUGAUAUUGAUUUUGGCAGUUCAGAAGCACAUUCUCGCAGUGGUCAUCGUGCUGAAGAGCCAGCCAGUUGGAAUCUGAGUGGGAGUGCACAAGAAGAUGGUGAAGGCAUCUACCUUGCUGCAAGCAGUCUCAUUGAUGAUGAAGGGCUUGGUAAAAGCAGUGUUGCAAUGCGAAAUUCCCAACUGAUUGCAUCGUGUGGAAAUGAUCGGAGAGAAGGUGAAGUUUCUGGUGAUGCCAAUAAGGGUGAGAGCGGUUGUGAGGGCCUUGGUGGUCAUCAUCCAGGUGAAGGUGAUGAAGGUGAGCAGGAGGAUGGCAGAAACGACAGUGCUUCUGCCCCCUGAUAUGCUGGAAGACAUCGUAAUCAAGAUGCUGGUCUUGUCCAUGUGGAUGACCAAGGGCACUUGAAAGAUGAGGGUGUUCAGUUUCAUAGUAUCGCAUGUGAUACUGUUGGACAUGACAUAGGGUCCGACGGUGGUUGUGGUGAUCAUGUGGAACAGGAGGGUAGGGUAUCUUGUGGGAAGGACAGUGAUGGCUUCCACAGUGAGUAGAAGUGUGUUGCCAGCCUAACGAUGGCCAUGCUGUUGGGAUUUGUAGGGUAGAGUGUAAUGAUGCGGCUAGUUAUGGGGGAAAUCGCUAUCUUGCUCCUGUAUCAAAUGAGGCAUGUGAAAAGAUUGAUGUUCAGGGGCAUGGUUCUCAAUGUGGAAUCAGUGUCUUGUGGUCUUCCAGAACGUGGCAACAGAAACAUGCCUCUGAAGGCUGAGGAUACAGUGCCUGUUGCCAUCACAGUAGACGGUGGAGUUGUUGAAGAUGACAGCUCUGUCGAUGAAGCUACCGAGACCUGCUCUCACUCAUAUGACCACAAUGAUCUGAGUGGUCAAGUAGGUCUACGUGUGACCAGGGAUGAGAUGGAGUCACUUGCCGAUGGAUCAUGGACCGAUGCUAGCAUCCACAGUGGGAAAGAUGAUUUUACUUUGUGUGGCUACCAAAAUAAGGGAGAUGACACAAGGGAGCCUGGAUAUACUGGGAACUGCACGGCAGAAAAUUGAGUCCAGGGACGAGUAUGAUGGUGACGAUGAGAACAAAAGUCACUCUGAUUACCAUGAUGUCCGAGAUAAUUCAAUAUACGCACAGAGAAUCCUGGCUUUUCGGUGCUGAUGAUGGACAUAAAAUAGCUGCUGGCUUGCAUGGUGGCACUGUUUGGGGAUGUGAGACUCGGCAUCAGAAAUGAUUCUUCUUCCAAUAGAGAGAAGAACAAAGGGACUGGGAACUGUACCUGGCAUGCAUGCAGUGGUGACAUCGUGGCUCGUGGUGAUUGCGACAAUCAUAUAGUUAAUGUCAAUGCCAGAGGUGAUGGUGGUGGCAGCGAGUUCGGGGAGUAAGCAGUGUCUUGGCCUGCGAGUUUGUGUCGUGCUUAAGAGCAGCAAAGUUGCACUUGUUUGUUAUGCAACGAAUUCUGAUGUUCGCUGUGUGUAUUGUCAUGUUGCAGAGUCCCCAAGGAAUGCACUGUUUCAGAUCCCAUUUGGACGUGGAUAUUCUUGAUGUUGUCACAUUUGACUCACAAAUAAUCCCGCUGUGUUAAUGAUUUGAUUGGUAGUCAUCAUCAUCAUUAACUGUAGAUGUAGUUAAUUGCUUGUCAAUCUCUUUGACAUUACAUCAAUCCCUUUUGAUAGCUUGUAGAUUGGUACUUUUGGCAUGAAGACAGCUGUCAUUUUCUCUCCUCCUAAUCUGGCUUACAGUAGUUAGAAUUGUGGCUGGAAAUGAUGAACACAUGUCAACCUGUGUGAUUCUAUAUCCAACUUUGUGCUUAUUAUAUGGAUGACCAUAUGCUUUCUUCUUCAUUUGACUGUUCUGUGUCUUUGUACAGCCUGCUAGCAGUUCAAUUUGUACAGAUAUGUGUGGACUCUGGAUCCCUGCACCAGACCUGCAAAAUUAUCAUGCAGGAGUCU